AGGGCCGGAACUUCGUAAUCCGACGGCAGUUCUCCGCGGGGCUGAAGAGCGGGGCGCACGCGGUGUGGUGGGAGCGGCGCCGCACUCCCCCGCUCCCGCGACAUGGCCUUCAAUUUCGGGGCUCCCUCGGGCGCCUCCGGCACCGCCGCGGCCCCCGCGGCCCCCGCGGGUGGGUUUGGAGGAUUUGGGACAACAUCCACAACAGCAGGUUCUGCUUUCAGCUUUUCUGCUCCAGCUAACACAGGCGCUACUGGACUCUUUGGUGGUACUCAGAACAAAGGUUUUGGAUUUGGUACUGGUUUUGGCACAACAACUGGAAGUAGUACUGGUUUAGGUACUGGCUUGGGAACAGGACUGGGAUUUGGAGGAUUUAAUACACAGCAGCAGCAACAGCAAACUACAUUAGGUGGUCUCUUCAGUCAGCCCACACAAGCUCCUACCCAGUCCAAUCAACUGAUAAAUACUGCAAGUGCUCUUUCUGCUCCAACGCUGUUGGGAGAUGAGAGAGAUGCUAUUUUAGCAAAAUGGAAUCAGCUGCAGGCCUUUUGGGGAACAGGAAAAGGAUAUUUCAACAAUAACAUUCCACCAGUGGAAUUCACACAAGAAAAUCCCUUUUGCCGAUUUAAGGCAGUAGGAUAUAGUUGUAUGCCCAAUAAUAAAGAUGAAGAUGGGCUACUGGUUUUAGUUUUCAACAAAAAAGAAACAGAUAUUCGAAGCCAGCAACCGCAGUUGGUAGAAUCAUUGCAUAAAGUUUUGGGAGGAAACCAGACACUUACUGUAAAUGUAGAGGGUAUUAAAACAUUGCCAGAUGAUCAGACAGAAGUUGUCAUUUACGUUGUUGAACGCUCUCCAAAUGGUACUUCAAGAAGAGUUCCAGCUACAACACUAUAUGCCCAUUUUGAACAAAAUAAUAUAAAAACACAGUUGCAGCAACUUGGUAUAACCCUUUCUAUGACUAGAACUGAACUUUCUCCUGCACAAAUCAAACAACUUUUACAGAACCCUCCUGCUGGUGUUGAUCCCAUUAUCUGGGAACAAGCCAAGGUGGAUAACCCUGAUUCUGAAAAGUUAAUUCCUGUACCCAUGGUGGGUUUCAAAGAACUUCUUCGAAGACUGAAGGUUCAAGAUCAGAUGACUAAGCAGCAUCAGACCAGAUUAGAUAUCAUAUCUGAAGAUAUUAGUGAAUUACAGAAGAAUCAAACUACAACUAUGGCCAAAAUUGCACAAUAUAAGAGGAAACUCAUGGAUCUUUCCCAUAGAACCUUACAGGUCCUAAUCAAACAGGAAAUUCAAAGGAAAAGUGGGUAUGCCAUCCAAGCUGAUGAAGAGCAAUUGCGAGUUCAGCUAGAUACAAUUCAGUGUGAGCUGAAUGCACCUACCCAGUUUAAGGGCCGACUAAAUGAACUGAUGUCCCAGAUCAGGAUGCAGAAUCAUUUUGGAGCGGUCAAAUCGGAGGAAAGAUAUUACAUAGAUGCAGAUCUGUUACGAGAAAUCAAGCAGCAUUUGAAACAACAACAGGAAGGCCUUAGCCACUUGAUUAGUAUCAUAAAAGAUGACCUAGAAGAUAUAAAGUUGGUAGAACAUGGAUUGAAUGAAACCAUCCACAUGAGAGGUGGUGUCUUUAGUUGACAGCUCACAAACCUAUGUGAAGGGUUUGUGAAAUGUUAUCUUCAUGCUACAUCAGACCUUCCGUAAGAAUGAAACUGACCACACGGAGGGAAAAAAGGAAAACAAUCCUCUCCUGGCUUUUGAGGAGGUUACUGACAAUUUUCAAAUCUGAAAUGACGUCCACUUCACAGCUCUUCAAAGAUAGCCUUUGAAAGAUUUAUACCUGAAAGCUGUUCUUUACUGUAAUAAAGUACAUAAAAGUACAUAAUUACCAAAAAUAUGUACCAUUGUACAUUUUGAUAACAGCAUUGUUCUUAAAACUAAUCAGUGUUUAAUGAUUAUUCUCCAUUGAGCCUGUACUCUGCUUUCCAUAACAAGGAAAUAUGAAAUACCUACUUGCACGUAACAAAAUAAACUGUGUAACUACUUGGUUAUUGGAGCUUUGUACUUCAGAAUGUAAAUGUACAUCAGUUUUUAUAUAUUUGUGAAUUCAUCUGUGGGAGGAGUAAAGGAAAUCCAAGAGUAUUUAAUGAUUAAUGUGGUUUUCUUUUCAUUCUGUAAAGAUCUGAAAAUAUAUUUUUAUAUUAUUUUACUUAUUUGGAAUUUACAGAACACAAGUGAUUAGGAUAUAACAAAAUUACAUUUUAUCAUUUUUGCCACUUUUUUGUUUUUUAGGUCUUUAUUUCUAAAAAAAGAUGAAAGUUUAAAUAAAUUGAUUGUACUUUUAUAUAAUUCUGUCUGAUGCUUUAUUUGGCUCUGAGAGAGUAACCAUUAAUGUCCUCAUAAAUAUUAAAUCAUAAUCACAAUUCAAGGA